AUGACUGGAAGAGAAGCAAAGGUGGCAGCGCCUGACUCGGCCACGGACGUGCCACAGCUGUCAGAUCUGAGCACAAACGAGGCAGAGUUGCCAGAUCUCGCCACAGAUGAGACAAAGUUGCCAGAUUUAGCCACAAAGGAGACAGAGCUGCCAGAUCUUGCCACGGAUGAAACAGACUUGCCAGAUUUAGCCACAAAGGAGACAGAGCUGCCAGAUCUUGCCACGGAUGAAACAGACUUGACAGAUUUGAAAACGGUCGAAUAUGAGUUGCCAGAUCUCGCCACGGACGAGAAAGAAUUGUCAGAUCUCGCCACGGACGAGAAAGAGUUGCCAGAUCUCGCUAUGGACGAGAAAGAGUUGCCAGAUCUCGCCAUGGACGAGAAAGAGUUGCCAGAUCUCGCCACGGAUGAAACAGACUUGCCAGAUCUGGCCACGGACGAAACAGAGUUGCCAGAUUUGGUAACGGUUGAAGAAGAGUUGCCGGAUUUGGCAACGGUUGAAGAAGAGUUGUCAGAUUUGGUAACGGUUGAAGAAGAGUUGCCGGAUUUGGCAACGGUUGAAAAAGAGUUGCCAGAUUUGACAACGGUCGAAGAAGAGUUGCCAGAUUUGGUAACGGUUGAAGAAGAGUUGCCAGAUUUGGUAACAGUUGAAGAAGAGUUGCCAGAUUUAGUUUUAGUCGAAGAAGAAUUGCCAGAUUUGGCAACGGUUGAGGCAGAGUUGCCAGAAGAGGGGCCGCGGGAGAGCUGGGGGUCAGGGAUACGGUCCAGGAAGGUCAGGGUCACGGGGGAGCGCGGUCAAAGGGCGGCAAAGGACGGCGACGAGGCAAGAAAGAGGAACGAGGUCAAGACGAGAAGAAAGAAGAAAGAGGCACAGUGGGAGGUAAAGAAGUAG